AUGGUGCUUGAGAAUGGGCUGCCAAAUGGUGACGGUGAUCAUGAAACACCGAUGAAAUAUAUUUUAGUAACCGGUGGCGUCAUCAGUGGCGUAGGAAAAGGAAUUAUCUCGUCGAGCAUUGGUGUAUUGCUCAAAAAUAACGGUUAUCGAGUGUCUGCCAUUAAAAUCGAUCCCUACCUCAAUAUUGAUGCCGGCACCUUUUCUCCAUAUGAACACGGUGGGUGA